UUCAAUGUCAUGCUCUGAGUUUUGUUUAUCUGUUUAUGUAUGGAGAACAGGUGGUGCUGGUAUCUGGUGAGACUGGUUGCAGGAAAACAACUCAGGAAUUAUGUCGUAUGUAGGGCCUUCUAAUUCUGCCCCAGGAAGCACCACAAAGAUAAAAGUUUCAAUUAGUCCAGUUGGAGAGAUUACUGGAGAUAACAAAAAUCAAUUCACCUCAUUUCUAGGAAAUGUGGUCAGGACUCAUUGUCCAAUUGCAUACAAAGACUGGCGGCUUGUGCCAGAUACCAUCAAGGAUAAUGUUUGGUCAACUGUUUUGGCCAAAUAUGAUGUUGACGACAGUGACAAGUGUAAAACUGUCAUAAUUAAGCGUGCUAAUGAUAUGUGGAAGGACUGGAAGAACCGAUUACGAGGAACUGUCCUGGAUAUGUAUGAUAAUGAUGGAGACAGGAAAAAAAAUUGUCCUAAUGGCAUAAAGCUAGAAGAUUGGGUCAAAUUCGUUGAUUACGAAUCUACAGAAGAGGCAAAGUCUCGUCGUGGAAAGGGAAAGGAAUCCAGAAGCGAAAUGAAGUUCCCUCACACGACUGGGCGACGGGGAUCUGCUAGGACGGCAGAGUUGAUUCAACAAAAAAAUCCAGAUACUCAAAUCACGAGAACUGAAUUGUUUUUGGCAACUCAUACUAGAUCCGAUGGGUCUCUCCCUUCACAGGAGCUGAGCAUCACAACGGAAAAAAUAAAAGACAUAGUUGCCAAUGACCCGGCUUGUAUACAUAAUGAUUUAAAUCAUGACCCGGUUGCACAGGUUUGUGGUCUUGAUAAAAGAGGACGUGUAAGGGGGUUGGGUCAUAUUGCAAAAACUACCAUUAUUGCUUCAACCCCUUACAUUAAUGAAAUUAGAGAAGGAAAGGGUGAAAUUGCUGAGGUUAAAGCAUCGAUGAUUGUAUUAAAAGAGCAAAUGGAAAACAAGAUCAACGAGUGCAAGGACAUGAUAUUGACCAUUGGAGAACGUUUGCUUGAAGUUCAGAAUCAAAUAAAUACUCCAGUUCAACCAAUGCAAUGCUCUCCAGGCACUGCUGGUUCUCAGGCGUUUUUUCGAUCUGGCGAUACCUCAAGUCAUCGUGAUGAGUCAGCUCCACCUCCACCACUUCUACGGGUGGAACAAAUCUGUCAUUUGACAGAUAUUUGUAGUCGAGUUGUUGCACGUGGGCGUCUGAUUAGAGAUAAUGCAGGCAUCCCUCCAGAUUGCAUCAAAGUUAUAUUGGAUGUUGUUGAAGUUCCCAGUGCGAAUGUGUUUGGUGACAUUGAGAAGACGUUAGCCGAUUGCGACGUGGGUGAUGUUCUCGUUUGGCCUAGAGUGCUGACGAAAACAUAGAUAUUAAAGGAGUUACUUAAAACUUUUCUUAAGUCAAGAACAUAUUUUUGUAAUUUAGUCAGGACAUAUGGAUUGUGUUUGAGGUUAUUUUGGAUAUUAUUUGACUAAAUCUUUAUCUUGAAUUAUUUAGUAGUUUUGCUUGACUAAUCUAGUGAUUUGUUUCAGCUUUUCAUCUUCUUAUGCGUGACAGAAGGUACACAUAUUUCUAUUAUGAUUUAUUUUAAUUUUUUCUUUGCUUAUGCGUAAAAUGUUCUGAUUUAAAUAUUAAGAACUACGUAGUGGCUUGAUCCCAAUCUUCCAAACAUUGGGUACGUAGGCAGCCGUUCACACUAGACCGUAUCGGUGCAGCCACAAAUUUUAUUUUAUUUUUUUUCCCUUCUCGUAGUGUGGAUGCAUUUUCGUCGGGACUACU